UCGCGUCACGUGGGCCAGGGUGUUUCCUUUGAGCUGGAUACAUUGUAGCAGCCGUCGCCGUCGUCGCCGCGGCCUCCGCUCCCUCUGCCCGACGCCGGCCCAGAGAACCGGGCCAGAGCCCCGGCCCGUCUUCCCGGGCCUCGGGGAAGCGCCGGCCUGGCGUCGAGGGGGGCUCCGGGCCCUCCGAGCCGCUGCUGCGUGGCUGCCGAAGGCCUCUGGGCCCCUCCCGCGCCCGCCAUGGGGGACCCCCUGCCCCAGAUGCCGCCUGCGCUGCCUUCCACCACCAUGGAGGAUCUUCUUCCUCUGCUUUUUCCAACAAGCUGGAGUCUUCAUGAACCCGCUCCCAGCAGCGCCCCCAUGGUGGAGAUCAUCGAGCAGCCCAAACAGCGUGGCAUGCGCUUCCGUUACCAGUGCGAGGGCCGCUUGGCCGGCUCCAUCCCGGGGGAACGCAGCACCGACACCACCAAGACCCACCCCACCAUCAAGAUUCACAACUACCAGGGUCCGGGGAGGGUCCGGAUCUCUCUGGUGACAAAGGAAGCCCCCCAUCGGCCUCAUCCCCACGACCUAGUGGGCAAGGACUGCAAAGAAGGCUACUACGAGGCCGAGUUGUCUCCGGAGCGCUCCAUUCACAGCUUCCAGAACCUGGGAAUCCAGUGCGUGCGGAAACGGGAUCUGGAAAAGGCCGUGACCAAGCGGAUCGAGACCGGGAACAACCCGUUCAGCGUGCCGAAGGAGGAGCUGAAAGAUUACGACCUGAAUGCGGUCCGACUCUGCUUCCAGGUCUGGAUUCGAGAUACGGGCACGGGGCACUUGAUUCAGCUGCCCCUGGUGGUCUCCCAACCAAUCUACGACAACCGUGCGCCCAAUACAGCCGAGCUGAAAAUUUGCCGUGUGAACCGCAAUUCAGGGACCUGCGUGGGGGGAGACGAAAUCUUCCUUCUCUGCGACAAAGUGCAGAAAGAGGACAUCGAAGUCCGCUUUUUCAAGGAUUCCUGGGAAGCCAAAGGCUCCUUCUCGCAGGCCGACGUCCACCGGCAAGUGGCCAUUGUCUUCAAGACCCCGCCCUACGCGGACCAGGCCAUCCGCGAACCCGUGACGGUCCAGAUGCAGCUGCACCGUCCCUCCGACAAGGAAGUUAGUGGCUCCAUGGAAUUCCGUUAUCUCCCGGACGAAGGCGAUUUCCAUCGAAUCGAGGAGAAGCGCAAAAGAACACUGGGCACGUUCAAGAACUUUGUACAGAAAACACCUUUUGCAGUAGGAACCACAGAAGCACAGUCUCCACGCCGCAUUGCCGUUCCAAAACACGGAGCAGGCCGGCCUAAUACCGGUGGUGAGUUCCACCUCGUUCCCAAAUAUUUUCGGACACCGCCGAGAGAGGUCUGGAAGGAUUCGGAAGACGUUGAAAACCCGCAUUUGGGUGGAAGCAUGCCAGCCUUUCUAGGCGCAUCAAGCCAGUCACCUCUGCGCCCGAUUCAAAAGCCACAAAUCCUGGCUCAGCCUCCUGCUGGCUUCUUUGUCGGGUCCAGCCACUCCACCCCGCCGCCUCCGGCGGCCUCCGCUGCCACCUCCGGCUUCAGCACCGUCAACAUGGAGGACCUGUCGUGCCUGGGCGUCUCCCCACAGGCACCGCCCUCCUCCAUGGACACCGAAAGCAGCAUCGCCGACGCCUUCCUGCACCUCCACUUCGAAGGUGGGGAUCCCCUGGGGGGCCUUUUGGAUGACGCCCCCUACAGCAGCCUGGAGAGCAUCAACACCACCGAGUUCCGGCAGCUGCUCAACGAAGGAGCCGGCCCCAUGCCGCUGCCGGGGGACCACCAGGCGACUCUGCUAACCUACCCAGAAUCCAUCACUCGCUUGGUCAGCCAGCGGAGGGCGGGCGGGGAGCCCGCCGGGGACGGUGGGGGCCCCGCCGGUUCGACCGACAACAGCUUCCUCAAUGGCCUCUUGGGGACCCUUCCCACCGAGGACAGCUUUUCGUCCAUGGUUGACCUGGAUUUGAACUCGAUUCUCAACUCGUAAGGAUCCCAGAGGUGGCCCGCUUGGUCUGGCUGAUUGGAGACUCGCAAGUGCACUCUUCAGCGUACAGGGGCGCGCUUCCGGCUAUUCUUGGGGACGUGGUGGGAAGGGUCAGCCUUCAAAGGCGGUGGGGGUGGGCUAGGCCUCUGCAAAUUGGAUGAGAUGUUCUGGGUCACCCCCAAAACCCCCGUAUGCCUUCUUUUUGGGGAGCUGAAGACAUUUUUUUAAAUACUGCGGGUUUAAAAACAAAAGAGGAUCCGACUUCUUGUCCCCCGCUUGCCCCUUUUCCUACUCAGCUGGCCCACGUUGCCCCCCCCCCCCUUUUUUUU